CGUCUUCUUCUUCUCCCAGAGGCAUAAACCUUUUCUCUCGGAGCCGUUUCGUGCAUUCUUCGAUUUCACUGUCUUUUCUCUAUCUGUAACGCGAUGAACCGGAACAGCCUUUACGAGGCUUACGGCGAUGAUGACGAUGACGAUGAAGACGACAUCGGUGAAGAACUCGAAGAGUUAAGACAGGCCUGUAUGGUCGCCGGCGCCAAUUCCAAUGAAUUCUCCGCUAAAACCAAUUCUAUUGAAGCGGAUGGAGGCGGUGGCGGAGAGAUGCCGUCGGAUUCGGAGGACGAGGACGAUUUGAUGCUUCGUACCAUUAGCAGCCAAUUGGCACCGUCCAAGGAUGCGGAUUUGAGCGGUGGUCCUCCCAUUGGUUUAUCAUUGCCCUCUGAUUCGGACAGUGAAGACGAUUUCGAGAUGAUACGUAACAUUACGAGCCAACUAGCUUUGCCCAUGGAUGUUCCCCUUCCUCGCAUUGGUUUAUCAGACGAUGACGAUGAAGAUGAAGACUUUGAAACUAUUCGAGUUAUUCGUAGGCGAUUCUCUGCUUAUGAUUCAGAAGCAAAUUUCGGGAAUGAUUCUCUCGGGAAGAAAAAGCAGGUACAUGACUUGGACAAUGAACCUUCACGCGAAAUAUUGAGUAGAUCUAAUACUUGUGAAAGCUUUCCAGAUCACGGGAAAUCAGUGGUCACAGUGCCAGAUUCAGAGGAUGUACGAGAUGGCCAUUCUGUUGAUGUACAUGACAUUACUUCCACUGAGCCUCUUGACCACCUGGACACAAGCCAGUUAUCUCUUAUGCCAGCUGCGAGUUCAACUUUCCCUGAAGCUGCACAAGCCUUUGUUGAUGCAAUCAGGAAGAACAGGGCAUAUCAGAAAUUUCUUAGAAGAAAAUUGGAAGUAAUAGAAGCCACAAUCGAGCAGAACGAGAAACACAGGAAAAAUGUUAAAAUAGUUAAAGAUUUUCAAGCUUCUUGCAAGAGAAGAACUAAACUGGCACUUUCUCAGAGGAAAGAUCCUCGUGUCGAAUUAAUCUCAGCACGCAAAUGUGUGCCUUGUGAUAGCUCCGAGGGUAAUGAUAAAAAGACAUCUCCUUUGAUGUUGGGUCCGCCGGAAAAUCCUUUUGUUGCAAAGUAUAGGAUGGCAUUAGAGAAAUAUCCAGUUUCAGUGGAACGCAGAAAUUGGUCUACUGAGGAGAACAAAAACCUUGCAAAAGGGCUAAAACAAGAAGUUCAAAAGAUACUACUUUAUGAAGCUAUUGAACAGUCCAGGGAUUUGGAAGAUUCUACAUAUGAUAUAGACACCAUCAAUGAAUCAAUCAGAAAUCUUGAGAUAACACCAGAAAUGAUUAGGCAGUUUCUUCCAAAAAUUAAUUGGGAUUCGUUGGAUAUCAAGGACCGGUCUGCUGCAGAAUGUGAAGCUCGGUGGAUGAGCUCGGAAGAUCCAUUAAUUAACCACGGUCCGUGGACUGAAGCAGAGGACAAAAACCUACCCCGAAUUAUCGAAGAAAAGGGUCUAACAGACUGGGUUGAAAUUGCGGUAUCACUAGGGACAAAUAGGACCCCAUUUCAAUGUUUGGCUCGAUAUCAGAGAAGCUUGAAUCCAAGCAUAUUGAGAAAAGAAUGGACUCCUGAGGAAGAUGACCAACUUCGUGCUGCAGUAGAGUUAUUUGGCGAUAAAGACUGGCAAUCUGUUGCAAAUGUAUUAAAAGGAAGAGCUGGAACUCAGUGCUCAAACAGAUGGAAAAAGUCCCUUCGCCCUACGAGAAAAGGGAGAUGGAGCUUAGAGGAAGACAAACGUGUGAAAGUAGCUGUGACACUCUUUGGAUCUCAAAACUGGCAUAAGAUUUCUCAGUUUGUUCCUGGACGGACUGCGACUCAGUGUCGAGAGAGAUGGGUAAAUUGUUUAGAGCCCAAAGUAAAUCGUGGGAAGUGGACUGAGGAAGAGGAUGAAAAGUUGAAAGAAGCGAUUGGAAAACAUGGAUAUAGCUGGUCCAAGGUAGCUUCACAUUUGGCUUGUCGUACUGACAAUCAGUGCUUGAGGAGAUGGAAGACUUUAUAUCCUCAUCAAGUGGUUCUUUUGCAACAAGCUAGAAGGUUACGAAAAGAAGCUAUUGUAGGUAAUUUUGUUGACAGGGAAUCAGAGCGUCCUGCUCUUGUCACAGGCGCUAUUUUGGCAUUACCGGAGAUAUCUCUAGAGCCAGAUCCCGAUAGUGUAGCCCUGAAGAAUAAACGCAAAGCCAAACAGAGAAAGUCAGAUGCAGAGAGACAACCAAAGAGACGGAGAAAAGGAUUAGAGAAAUGCUCAGGAGAUGUAAUUAGACAAGAGAAUGCGACUGUUUGUGAAAAGGAACCAAACAAUGGAGGAGAGGAGAAGUCAUUGGAAUUGGAAAGGUAUAACGAGAUCCAAGACAAUGCAAAGGAGAAACAAAGACGAAGUCGCAAACGUGUUGCAGAAACACCGAACAACACCACUGGUUUAAGGAAACUUACGCCUAGGAGGAAGAAAGUGUCUGCAGUAGUUCCUAUCAAGAACCAAGACGCACUAAAUUAGGUGUUUCUUUUGCUCUUGAAAAUUUUGACAAUUGUUGUAUGUAUAAAUAUGUCUAAUCCAAGCAUCUUUUCACUGAUCCAACAACAAGUUAAACAUCUUGAACUCAACAAUACAUAAGUUGAACCUAGGCAUUUUUGGAAA